AUGUUUGACCAGAGGGUGGAGAAUAAGCACCAGGACACAUUGUUGGCAAUAGCAGCUCCCUAUUCUGGUAAUGCCCGGCAGAGGCCGCGGGGCAUCUCGGGACUUGUAGUCCAGCUGGUCGAACUCGCUAUCCCGGCAUGUCAUGCGGCGGCGUCAAGGUUACCACGCGCCGCCUGCGGCGGCUGCCGAGACGAGAGUAGGGUGGAUGCCAAGUGCGAGUGGGAAGGGUGUUUUGCGCCCAGUGAAGGCGGGCUUGACUUCCAUAUCGGAGAGACCACAAAGAGCUUUAUUGAAGAGAUUCCGGACGAGACCAUAAUUAUAGGUGCAGGCGGAGGGGGAGAGUUUGGAACAAGACCUUGGGGUGGGGAGAGUCAGCUCUUCCAGAGCCGGGAGCAGCCGGUCUCGCCGCGUCCUGGCGUGGGCCGACUCCAUGCCACCUCGCGCUCAUCUGACCUCCAGGAAACUACCGGACGCAGCUGUAUGACAAGCAGCGGAGGAGUACCAGCCGGCCACCCCCGGGCUCGGCAUGUUCGUGGAGGUGAAGGACCCAGAGGACAAGGGCCAAACGAAAUAACAAAGAGAAGCCGAAGUGGAGAGAAAACCUCCAACUUCUACGAAACCUUGACGAGGCACACAGUCAUAAACUGCUGCCACAAUACACUAGACUAUGGAUCAAACCCAGGAAGGACACGAAGGGCAGACUCAGACCUCUGUUCAUUUCACACUGCGCGCAGAGACCUCCAAAACAGGGCGACCCUGGCCCAAGACCCCCAAUACUCCUUUACUAGCGGACCCCUGGGGCACCGAACCACCUUCGGAGAGAAGUCAUCAGGGCAGUGCUCCGGCAGCAACACUCGCGUGGAUGAUGUCUGGUACUGAUGACAGUGCGGGGGGGAUACCGGGGACCAUACAGACCAGGGUAGACCAGAUUUACCAAUGGUUGGGUUUCAGGUGGCAAAGACGUGGUAAAAUGAGACCUCAGCUUUUUGUUGUUGUUGUUUUUGUACUUUAUUUUUUUUUUCCAAGAUAAGUUGGUGCACUGUGUCACUUUUCAGUUUUUAAAAAUAGAAGAAAGCCCAGAGUGUCGGAUGCAAUCCCGAGGAAAGUCAGGGAUCCUCGGUUUCAAUCCUGUAUCUGCUCGUUAUUCACUGCGACCGCAACCAAACUGCGUUACUUGGAGCAUCUGUAAAAAUUUUAUAAACACUAGUAGUCGCCCCGCCGCCAGGGCGAUUAACAAAAAAAAGGUUUCAAUUCUUGGGCCGUAAUUCGGAAGCAGGCAAAA